UGGCUCAAAGGCGGAGUCCCCACAACGGGUGAACAGGUCGACGGUGACUCCGAGAGAAGGCGGACAUGGCGCAGGUGGCUGAGAACAGGCCUCAGAGGCAUAUUGACAAUCCGGUGGUCUUCUUCGACAUCUCCAUCGGAGGCCAUCCCGUUGGGCGGAUAAAGAUGGAGCUCUUCAGAGAUGUGGUGCCCAAGACCGCGGAGAACUUCAGACAGCUUUGCACUGGAGAGUUCAAGUUGAACAAGGUCCCCAUCGGCUACAAGAACUGUACCUUCCACCGAAUCAUCAAGGACUUCAUGAUCCAAGGUGGUGAUUUCGUGAAAGGAGACGGCACAGGCAGUCUGAGCAUCUUUGGGGAGCGGUUCCCCGAUGAGAACUUCGUGCUCAAGCAUGACAAGCCGGGCCUCCUUUCGAUGGCGAACAGUGGCGCCAAUUCCAACGGAUGCCAGUUCUUCAUCACUGCAAACAAGUGCGACUGGCUUGACAACAAGCAUGUGGUCUUUGGACAGGUGCUGGAUCCCGCGUCCAUGCUGGUGGUCCGCAAGAUCGAGAACGUCGCGGUGGGCGCCGGCAGCAAGCCGCGUCUGUCGGUGCUGAUCACUGAGUGCGGUGAGCUUUGAGGAUGUGCUAUGCUGCGGUUCCGCUUCCGUGGUGCCUGACGUGCAACGGAGACGAGAGACGACUAUGCGAAGAGGAAAAGGACGGCUGAGGUGAUGCUCCGAUCUGCC